AUGUCCACAUGGCUACUCGACAGCAAAUGUGUCGAGCGGAUGAAGUGGCUUUUCAGCGACUUGCCGGAAGAGAAGCGCGUCAUGAUUAAGAUGAACGAGGUCGCUUUUUUCUCGGUCACUCCGGCGGUGUACGCAGAUGAAGUCGCUAGAAUGAUGCGCACUGUGCUUGCUUUGCUGGGCAAGCCGCCCUACGCAGUGAUUGAUGGAACCGCCUGUGUAGGCGGAGACACCAGGCUGUUGGCUAAGCACUUUGAUAUGACUGUCGCCAUUGAGAGGGAUCCCGAGACGUAUGCGCUUCUCCAGGAUAAUCUGACCACUUGGGGGGUUGACGCGAAGACGAUCUCUGGAGACACCGCCGCGCUCAUCCCGCAGUUCUGGACGUUAAUUGGAGCUGUUGCGACGUUCUCGCUCUACCUCGAUCCCCCGUGGGGCGGAGUCGACUACCGGUCCCAGACAGACAUACAGCUCACGCUGGGUUCUCUCGCGGUCGAGGAUGUCGUUAACAGGGCGUUCGAGGCCCACUUAUCGAUGAAGCUCGCAGUCCUCAAGCUUCCGCGGAACUACAAUUGCGGGUACCUCUUUCGGAAGCUCGGAAAGCACGAGGUCUUUCGUAUCACGCAGGGGAACUUCUUUGUCUUCUUUGUCGCGCGGCGCGGGUCGCGGGUCAAGGAGCACGGCCGCACCGCCAUGCUCCAGCUCAGGAAGGCGCGGGAGGAGGCAAAGGCGAGGAGUGAGGAGACGAAGGAGGACGGAGAGACGAGGGGGAGCGGCGAGUAA